AUGAGUUGGCAUGUCGUCCGCGGACUCGACCGGCCCAUCCGGAGCUAUUGCCCGACGCCUCGGGUCGGGCAACCUGCGCUGGGGAGGGCUGAACUGUUCGCCGUCUCAAUUCCUGUCGCCGCGACUACUGAAAGCUCCCUCGAUGAUCCUUGCCCCCGGACGAGGCGCCGAAUUCAGGUCGCCCAUUCACCCGGACCUCGCCGCCGGCUGGGUGCUGUUUCGUCACGCCGAAGCAUCGUGGACCGCAUUGGCAUGCUGAGCGGUCGGUCACGUCGCAGAUUCGACACAAUGCAAGAAACCUUCAGCAACGGGGGCCACAGAUCUUCGACCCGCGGAGUCCCCCCCGUCGACCUUCCCGGGCCGCCGUGGAUCCUCGGAUCCAGGCGGGACCCUGGGGACGGUGCCCUCAGUCCGUCCUCUAACCCGCCGCGUUUCAUCCUUCGGGCAUCAGUUUGA